AUGUCAGGAGUUGCAGCUCGCCUCAUGCCCAUCUUCGGGCGCUGCGUCGUGCAGAAGGUGCAGCCGGCGGCGAUGAGCAAGGGGGGAAUAUAUAUUCCGUCGAGCGUUUCCCAGCAGACAGGGUGCCACAUGGCUAAAGUCGUCGCCGUUGCUCCGCCAAAGCCGUCGGGGAACGUCGCAGUGAGCGAGGAUUGGUCUAAGCUGCAGGUGGGGCAGACUGUGAUGGUUCCCGAGUUCGGAGGCAUAAAGGUGCAGCUGGAGGAAGAAGAACUCUUUGUCUUCAGAGGAGAAGACAUCCUUGCAGUAGUAAAGGAACAGUAG